UCUGAAAUCUCCUGCUCUCCUUCUUCCAUCUCCCUCUCCUCCGUUCUUCUCUCAGUGUCGGUGCAGGGCCCUCACCAGAGGACCCUGUUGAAGAACCUAUUGAAGGACUACAAUCGUAUGGAGAGGCCGGUGGGCAACGAUUCACACUCCCUCACCGUCUUCUUCACUAUCAGUCUGAUGCAGAUCAUGGAUGUGGAUGAGAAGAAUCAGGUCCUCACCACUAACAUCUGGCUUCGGAUGAGCUGGUUUGAUCAUUAUCUUCAGUGGAACCAGUCUAAAUACCCUGGAGUGAAAAACCUUCGGUUCACAACUGACCAGGUGUGGACGCCAGACAUCCUCCUCUAUAACAGUGCAGACGAUGACUUUGACUCUGCCUUCAAGACCAAUGUGCUGGUCAACUCCAGUGGCUUUGCAGAGUAUCUCCCUCCAGGGAUUUUCAUGAGCACAUGUAACGUGGACGUACGUUGGUUCCCCUUCGACAUCCAAAAGUGUGAGAUGAAGUUUGGCUCAUGGACGUACGAUGGCUGGCUGAUGGACCUACAAAUGAAUGAUGCCGACAUAUCCGGGUACAUGUCCAACGGGGAGUGGGACCUAGUGGGAGUGCCAGGCACUCGUAGCGAGGUGUUCUAUGACUGCUGUAAGGAGCCCUACCCUGAUGUGACGUUCGUUGUGACCAUCCGCCGGCGUACUCUCUACUACGCUCUAAACUUGCUCAUCCCCUGUGUGCUGCUGUCCUCCAUGACCCUGCUUAUCUUCUUACUGCCUGCUGACUCUGGAGAGAAGAUCUCUCUGGGUGAGCAGAGAGGAGAGAACAUGAUCCAAGAGUGAUAGAAUAGAAUAACCUUCUUUUUCUAGAAGGAACCUAGAGAGGAGAGGAUGAGAGGAUGGAGGACAGUAGCAUGGAGAGGAGGAGAAGUGGAAAGGCAUAGGAGAGUAUAGGGAGGAAUAAGAAGAGGAUGGGAGGGGAAUAAUGGUGACAGGGAAGAAAAGAUGACAGGGGAUGGAGAGUAGAUUGAUUCUAGAAAAACUAAAAAGUGGUGGAAAACAAAGAAGACCUAGAAGAAAUUUGGGGAUGUAAAACAUUUUAACCUAAUUUGAGGAUGCAUUACACUGCAUUGUAUUACACACACCACAGCCAAUUAACCUAUUGAUGUAAUUAAGCCCAGGAAUUGAUUAGGGAGAGAGCUUACACACAGCCUUCCAUGAAUUCAGCUUGACACCAUGCUUGAUGAACAGGUUUUAAGGAAUUAAGUGCCAAGA